ACUCCAUUGUCUGUGACCGAGGAGGGAGCGGUCCCUCCGCUUCGGACGCGCCGUCGGAGGCGCAGGCGACGCGCCGGGCGGAGCGGGGCAUGCCGGGAGUUGUGGUCCCGGCGAGCUGAGGCUGUGGGACGUGUCGCGGCGCUGCGCCGGCUCCUCCUUCCCCUCCCUUCUCAGCGGCCCCCCGCCCCUUCCCUCAGCCUCCUCCUCCCUCGCCCGCAGCCCAGCGUUCCCUGCCCCCACCCGUCGGGCUCCUCGGCGGCUACUGCAGAGGAUUCAGAGCCGAGUCGCUGAGGAGGAGGCGGCUCCUGGUCCCUGCGCGCCAUCCGCCACCUUACUGGACACGGGCGACGGAGAGAGAGCGUCGCCUCUGUAGCCUUCAGAGAAGACAAGGGCAUCGCCGCCUCAGCUGCCGCCGCCGCCGUUUUCGCCUGCAGCGGCUCGCCGGUAACAUUUGUGCACCAGGCUUCCAGCAAACUAUGGUAUCAGCUUUACACUUAAUGAAGCAUCCAGCACAGGUGGUAAGCUGUACAUAAAGGAUGCUUCUGGCUUACAAAUGGCUGAUGGACAGAUGGAGGAUUCUCAGUUGUCCACAAUGAACCCUGUUUAUAGCCCCGUGCAGCCUGGGGCUCCUUAUGGCAACCCGAAGAACAUGGCCUACACAGGUUACCCCACAGCCUAUCCAGCUGCGGCCCCUGCCUACAACCCCAGCCUGUACCCCACCAAUAGCCCCAGUUAUGCUCCAGAGUUUCAGUUCCUGCAUUCAGCUUAUGCAACUCUGCUGAUGAAACAGGCCUGGCCACAGAACUCGUCUUCCUGUGGCACUGAAGGCACCUUCCACCUCCCAGUGGACACCGGGACCGAGAACCGAACUUACCAAGCAUCCUCUGCGGCUUUCAGAUAUACUGCGGGGACACCAUACAAGGUCCCACCGACCCAGAGUAAUACUGCUCCGCCCCCCUACUCCCCUUCACCCAACCCCUACCAGACGGCCAUGUAUCCAAUCAGAAGUGCCUACCCCCAGCAGAAUCUGUAUGCCCAGGGAGCUUACUAUACACAGCCGGUGUAUGCUGCCCAGCCCCAUGUCAUCCACCACACCACGGUCGUCCAGCCCAACAGCAUUCCCUCUGCCAUCUACCCGGCGCCUGUCGCCGCUCCCAGGACCAACGGCGUGGCCAUGGGAAUGGUGGCCGGCACCACCAUGGCGAUGUCAGCAGGUACCCUGCUGACUGCACCCCAGCACACCACGAUCGGGGCACACCCUGUCUCCAUGCCAACAUACAGGGCCCAAGGGACCCCUGCGUACAGCUAUGUGCCCCCGCACUGGUAAAGCCUGCGUCCAUCCAAACCUGGAGUCACACAUUGUAUGCAACUACUCAAGUCUUACACAGGUGCUGGAGCAGCUCCCUAGCAGCACCACCUCUAUUUGCAAGAAGAGACAACGGAAGUGCAAGGGUCACUUUAUGCAUCUUUAACGGUUUUGGUUUUUAUUUUUGGUUUUUGUAAAAGCUGCUUUUUCUAA